AUGCUGCUCUCCGUCCUAGCGGCGCUGUGCCUGGGGCUGCGCCUGGCGCUCGGCGUGCGCGGCGCGCCCUGCGAGGCGGUGCGCAUCCCCAUGUGCCGGCACAUGCCCUGGAACAUCACGCGGAUGCCCAACCACCUGCACCACAGCACGCAGGAGAACGCCAUCCUGGCCAUCGAGCAGUACGAGGAGCUGGUGGACGUGAACUGCAGCUCGGUGCUGCGCUUCUUCCUCUGUGCCAUGUACGCGCCCAUCUGCACGCUGGAGUUCCUGCACGACCCCAUCAAGCCGUGCAAGUCGGUGUGCCAGCGCGCGCGCGACGACUGCGAGCCCCUCAUGAAGAUGUACAACCACAGCUGGCCCGAGAGCCUGGCCUGCGACGAGCUACCCGUCUACGACCGCGGCGUGUGCAUCUCGCCGGAGGCCAUCGUCACCGACCUCCCCGAGGACGUUAAGUGGAUAGACAUCACGCCAGACAUGAUGGUUCAGGAAAGGCCUCUUGAUGUUGACUGUAAACGCCUAAGCCCCGACCGUUGCAAGUGCAAGAAGGUGAAGCCCACUCUGGCGACAUAUCUGAGCAGAAACUACAGCUACGUCAUUCAUGCCAAAAUAAAAGCCGUGCAGAGGAGUGGCUGUAACGAAGUGACCACCGUGGUGGAUGUGAAAGAGAUCUUCAAGUCCUUGUCCCCCAUUCCUCGAAUGCAGGUCCCACUCAUCACAAAUUCUUCCUGCCAGUGUCCUCACAUCCUGCCCCACCAAGACGUUCUCAUCAUGUGUUACGAGUGGCGCUCCAGGAUGAUGCUUCUUGAAAACUGUUUAGUUGAAAAAUGGAGAGAUCAACUCAGUAAAAGAUCCAUACAGUGGGAAGAGAGGCUGCAAGAACAGCAGAGGACCGUUCAGGACAAGAAGCGAACAGCGGGGCGUACCAGUCGUAGCAACACCCCGAAGCCAAAGGGAAAGCCGCCUGCUCCCAAACCAGCCAGCCCCAAGAAGACCAUUAAAGCUAGGAGUGCCCAAAAGAGAACAAACCCCAAAAGAGUGUGAGCCAGCCGCCUUCCAGAACGGAGACUGCCUCUCAGGCCGAGGCCAGGCGCUGCCCAGCCAGCCUGGGGAAGGCCCAACUCCCCUUGCCUUAACAACUGCAGAACUCCUCCUACACACAUCUUGAAGCAUUUUUCUUAAUGAUCUGCUUCCAUUUUUCUUUUUCAGCCACCACAAGCCAUAGUGGUAGGUAUGUCCUUUGGUGUGGAAGGUCUAUGAAAGCUGAAAGCUGGUGGACAAAGCUUCUGGCGGCAUUCAGAGUAGCCUUUGUGGGGCCUACUCUGGGACAUCUCUGUUUGGGGAAAAGAUGCUUUUGGUUCUUACCAUUUGACCUAAUAUGUGCAUUGUAAAAUAAAUGCCAUAUUACAAACAAAACACUCAUUUUUCUUUUCACAAUAUGUUUUAUUUCAGUUUGACUUGUGCUGUUAGAAGGUUCGUGAUAUUCUAAGAUGUGAUUGAAAAUACAAUGAUUCUAAGGAGGAAGGCAAGAGGAAUGAAUGUCUAAAAGAUCUUUAUGUGUUUGCUGUUCGUGGAAGAAUUUCUGUGAUGAAAGGAGGAUAUGGAAAAUUGAGGUAUUGAGGAACAAUCUAGAAAAGCAGGAUAUGGAAAAUUGUAAUGAUUUUUUUUUUUUUACAAAGAACCCUUUCAGCUCAUUUUUAGCUAGAAAUUCUAAAAACUAAAAUAAUAAUAAUGAUAACUAAAUAAAUAAAAGGGAAAGGCAGACACACCACACCUGGAUCCUUGUUUCCUGGCUACCAUGCCGGGGGUGGCAAGGCUCUGAAUUCACAUUCAUGAUGCUUCUCAUUAGUAAUCGUUAUGUGACACCAGAAACAGAAUUCGUUUCUCUAUUACGAUUUAUGCACCAGUGACUCAACCCCCAAGAGUUUUACACCCCUGGAUGUGGUGCUUAUCUCAUCUCCCAGGACAUCCUAGGUAUCUUGAUGCCAAGCCUGAGAGAAAUUUUCUCUCUGCGGAGAACUGGUGCUUAAGGUCCCGUGGGCCCAAUGCGGGGAGGGCCAAGCCUCCAAAGUCCCUGCUUCUCAGCCCGCACUGGUACCCCUGCCACACACCAGCUCUGCGCUUGGAACGACAACUACAGUCACCUCUCCAUUCAAGGAGGUAGAGGAACAAUCUGAAAGCUGAAGUAUAAAAUCUCCUUUAGCUUUCCCAAUGUCCCUGCUUCUCAGAGAAGGCAUGAAGUGACCUGUCGUACUCACACAAGAUCAUUAGACACAUAAUCUCCUUUCAUCUCUGUAGCCAUUGAGACACAGAAGUGAGGUGUGUGGGUAAGCCCAGGGCAAGUGGAGAAAUGGGGUUAAUAAGAAUGUGGGCAUGGGCUCCCCUCUUCUCUGUCACUACCACAGGGCACUGGAGUUGAAGGAGUCCAGUAGAUGGACCCACAUUAGGGUACCAAUAAAAUACUCGGUGUAUGUUUCUGCUCCAUUAGAGGCCAAACUUCUCUGGCCCUUAAGGAAAGCAAGAGAGGGGUUCAGCAUAGCAUCCACACUGAAGAAACCUAUGCAAGGCCGUUAAAAGGAAUUGGCAGCCUAGCCUACUUCCUCAGUGUUGUAGGGAUUCUCUGGGGAGGGGAAUCAGAAAUGGAACUCUCCAUGGAAGUGGAGAAAAAAAUAUAUGUAAAAAAAAAGUCAACACCCUAAGUACAAUCCUGAAGGUUAUAAGAGUUUGGAGAGGACUACAUAUUUAAACAUUGUUUAAAUAUUUAACUGAAAUUGCAUACUGAAUAUUAGAUGAGUGUAAUACUUCAUUAGGAACAUUAACACAUUAUACAAUACUUAGCUAAGCACACUUAUACAUUAGACAAGAUGUAACUGGGCACAUAUAUCAGUUUGAUUAAAUGAGAAAAGAUGAACCAGGCCACUUGAUUUAUUUAUUAUGAAAAAGUCAAAAGCAAACAUCAGCCCACACUGAGGGUAAUGUGACAAGUACAGUAGUGGCCUUUGUGUGAGAGCCAAAAGUUUCUUUCUCUCCCUUCAGUAUUUUCUCCAUCGGAAUACAUGUGAGAGGAGGAAAAUAAAAAUAUAUGGAAAGGCAAGCUGAGAUAUUGAAAUGAGAAUUGUUUGAGAGUUGGAUUACUUCAGUGAGGAAAAAAAUAACUUAUUUUGCAAUAUUUGGCUCAGCAAAUCUCAUAAUUAAGGACAACUGCAGGCAUUUAUUUUUUUCAAUAAUUUUGUUGGUCUUUUAAUAAUAUGGUAAACAUGUAUUUUCUAUAAAGUAUUUAAUAAAUGCAUAAAAUAAAAAUAGUGGAAUUAAAAUCCUACCUUAUCCUACUCAUUGCUAUGCAGAGGUAAUCACUGUUCGUAUUUUGGUAUACAAUUUUCCAGGUGUUUCCUAUGCAUUUAUGUAAUGAUUUGAGGGAAAAAAACCUAGGAGCUUAUUAUACAUACGGUUGAUUAACCUUCCUUCUUCACUCAGCCUCUUAUUCAGACUGGUUCUCAUGUCAAUAAAGCUGAU